AUGGUUCUUGUGAGAGGACCUUGUUAGUAAUAUUUAGCUUUAUAACAGCUAAUAUUGGUUCGAUGAGGAGCCCCCCGUUAGCUCAAUGUAACGUUUGAUUGCGAAGAAGAUUAUCGUUUCUUUCUGUCUAAUGUCUGUCUGACUUAUUAAAUUGAGCUAACAGAGAAUACUCGAGGCUUUUAGUCAGAAGAAGUCUCAGAUAAAUCUAAACAUGGAAGAGUGUGGAGAUUGGGAAAUUAACAUUCCUGUGGAGGCCGAGGUGAAAACCGUUCCCCUGAAGAAUUUACCGAACUCAGUCAUCAGAAGAAUAGGCCUCCCAGUCUCUGAGGGCGACUCCGCCUGGAAGCAGAGUGACUCAACAGAUGUGACAUGGAUCUGUCCAGUGGUGGUCAGACGGAAAGGACAGGAAUCUGUCUCAGGCUCAGGAAGACAUUUGGCUGACAACUUGCUCCCGUUUGUAGGCACGCAGGUUCCAGCCAGUCCUUUGAAAAUGUCUUUUGUUUCCUCCAACCGAGCAGCCAGGGACGUGCUCAAGAACAUCUCCCCUGGAAGACGUUCAUCCAAAGAAGAGUUUUUGAGUCAGGACACAGCUCUGCUGGCCAAUGAUGAUGCUGUCGUCGUCUACAAAGGGCAGAUUUAUCUGUGCAUCAGGAAGGCCAAGAGAAGAGCUCGGAGGACACGGAAACAGCAGCCGGUAUGUCAGGCUGCCAUGCCUUCAACAUCAGGCCAGCCAUCUACAACCCACAACAGGGAGCUCAUCGGUGGCAGACCGAAGACAAAAACCAAUGCAUGUAAAGUGAAGCGCUGUGAGAAGGCUGCACUGAAAACAAAAGGCGUUUCCUCUGUCAGGGAUGCGUCCUCGGCCCCUCGGCCUUCUGACGGCACACACAGAGCUGACGGUAACAGUCCAGGAAGAAACCAGGAAGAGGCUUCUGUCUGGACCAAUCACAUGAACGGGAGUCAGGUGAACAGUCAGGACGAUGAGCACAGUGGCAGCCAGUGGUGGACACAGGCAGAGCCUGUUGGGGUCGCUGCCGCCUCCAUAUCCAGAGAUUCUGAGUAUGAAGAGCUGGAGCGGGAGGAGGAGAUCGCUCACCUGUAUCAGCUAAUUUAGACGUUAAAUAAUGAGAUGAUAUGGCAUUUGUUUUUUUGUACACUCUUGGCUCUGGAUUUCUUCUGCUCAUUCUGGACUCAUUUCAAACCCAUGAUCACUGCGGUCAGACUUGGAGGAUGUCUCCAUAGAAACUUUACAAAGACAAACCCUUUAUUUAAUGCUGUAACAGCUCCUCUUACAUUCAGAUCUAUAGACAUUAUUAAACAGUUGUUUGAAUCUUUUGAAAUGAGCAUAAAUAAACUAUGAUGAACUGACCUCU